AUGCGCGUCCUGGCUGCCCCAUUGCGCCUGCUGCUGCUGCUGCUGCUGCUGCAGCUGAGCUGCUCUCACACCGUGCACUGGACAUACAAAGAGGGCGAGCUGGAUGAAGAGCACUGGGGGCAGCACUUUGCUGCCUGCGCUGGCAAGCGCCAGUCCCCCAUUGACAUCCAGAGGAAAAAAGUGGUGCACAACCCCCAGCUGCUGCAGCUGGAGCUGAGUGGCUACGAUGAGCCCUUGCAGGGGGACUUCACGAUGACCAACAACGGCCAUUCAGUCCAGAUCGAUUUGCCACCCACCCUGCGCAUCGCCCGAGGGCUCCCAGGCCUCUACACGGCAGUGCAGAUGCAUCUGCACUGGGGGGGCCUGGACCUGGAGACCAGCGGCUCUGAGCACACACUGGACGGGAUGAGAUACGUCGCAGAGCUGCACAUUGUCCAUUACAACUCUGCCGAGUACUCGAGCUUUGAAGAUGCCAAAGACAAGCCGAAUGGACUGGCUGUGCUUGCAUUCUUGUAUGCGGAGGGACACUUUGAAAAUACGUACUACAGUGAAUUCAUUUCCAAACUGGCAAAGAUCAAGUUUGCAGGUCAAUCAACAAAGCUCACUUCUCUGGACGUCCAAGCCAUGCUGCCAGAAAACCUCUCGCACUUCUACAGGUACCAGGGCUCGCUCACCACCCCACCCUGCUCUGAGAGCGUGACCUGGACCAUCUUCGACUCUCCCAUUGUCCUGUCGCACAUGCAGAUCAGCCUCCUGGAGAACACCUUGCUGGACUGGCACAACCAGACGCUGCGCAACGACUACCGGCACGCUCAGCCCCUGCACGGCCGGCUGGUGGAGGCCUCCUUCCGAGCCAAACCCACCCCAGAACAAUGCCAGCCAGAAGAGCUCAGCCUCAGACUGGAACAGAUCCAGACGCAGCUCCAGGACAUGAAGAAAGAGUUGCUGAAUGGAGUGAGCCACGUGGGGUUUGGGCUGAUUUAUAAACAAGUAAAAAACGUAACAGCUGGCUUUUUGGUUAUUUCAGGUAUUAAAUCCAGCUCUUUCCCGGCUUUCUACUUCCCCGUGGAAAACAUCGAGAGCUUUGUGACUGUUCAUCCCCUCCACGAUAUGUCUCUCCAAGCCUUCACCUUAUGCUUCUGGACAAAAGCCCAGCACGCUGGCAGUCAGACCGUUCUUUCCUACUCCACGCAGGAGAGGGAUAAUGAGCUAGUGCUGACCGUGGGCACAGAUGUGGGGCUGUGGAUAGGAGGCCACUUCAUCAGCUUCCCCCUGUACCACAAGGCACAGGACUGGCUGCACUUCUGCGUGACGUGGGCCUCCCAGUCUGGAAUGGCAAAUUUAUGGCUCAAUGGAGCUGCCGGUAAAGCAAAGAGCAUCCAGAAAGGGUACAUGAGCCAGGCUGGAGGGACGCUUGUCCUUGGGAAAGACAGAGACACUCUUCUCGGGGCCUUCUCCAAUGGAUUUGCAGGGUGGAUGACGCACGUGAACCUGUGGAGCCAAGUCCUCAGUCCCGCAGACAUUCGGGCGCUUGCGCUGUGCAGAGCAGGGCACCCCAAGGGAGAUAUCAUAGCAUGGGGAGAAACCUCCAUGACCCUCUUGGGAGGGGUGGUUCUGGAGUCUGACACCAGCUGUCAGUGACCCCCCCCACACCC